ACGACACGGCCGAGAAACGGGAGUAGCUUCCAAGGCGACAUCCCAGAGCCAAGAACCACAAGAUAACGCAACCAAGAAGGGCACCGCGAGAGAGAGAGAGAGAGAGAGAGAGAGAGAGAGAGAGGGUAGGAAAACCAGCUCGCUUGGAGCCAAGAGCCAAGAAGCAGAGGAAGGGAGCAGCAAGGCAUGGAGGAGCCCGCUCCUGCUGAUCCUCCCAGGAUUUUCUGGAAGUUGAGGAGGAGAUCAGGAUCUUGUUCUUCCCACGUAUCCACCCUUUCUAAUAUUCUCUUCAUGAACUCUGGUUAAUUUCAGUUCAAUUGUCUGCAAGUUUAUCUGUAUUCCUGUGAGAAAAGAAAUUACACAGGUCCUAAAGCAAUUAGAUUUACACCAAUCUCGGCUACUUUCGAGCCAAUGGAGUUUCCUUCCACGAAAACAUGUCCCUUUCCUUUGGCUACCAAAAUAUUUUCCUUUUUGUUCAUAAGUUUUGGUACUGAUGCCCUGGAAUGUGCCAAGAUCCUAAGACUGAAGCUAUCACCCUGUCAGUACUGUAGUUAGUGGUCGCACGAAUAUACGUGCAGCAAGAAAUCAUAUUCGUAAUAUCUCUUUGCAUCAAGUUUAUGGAAUGAGAUUUCUGUGUGCUUGCUGCUCUGUAUCUGCCUUUCUUUUUCCUCUUUGCCGCUGUUCAGGCAAGGCCAAAGACACCUGUGCAACCGUUGUAGCUUUGUAACCUGUCUAGGUAUGGCCACAGACAAGGUGCGACGGUUCUAGCCGUCUAGGCAUGGCCACAGACAAUUAUGCAACAACAGCCAACGGCCGGAGCUUGCAACAAGAACCUGACAAAGAGGAUACUGAAGAAGCAAACGAGCAGGCUCAAGAAGAGUCCAUGAAGAUCGACAACGCAACUGCGACAAUGGCUACGGCCGACGAUGCUCAGCCAGACUCAAAACCUAACUUAUCUGAGAAGCGGAAGGCACUCUUUGAGCCUCUGGAGCCAAUCAACGGCAAGCGCAGCUCUGCUGAAAUGCUGCUUCCACCACCGGACUUUGAGCCUGCAUCAUAUCCUAAGGGAUGGUUGGUGGGCAAGAAACGCAAGCUCGUCAAUGUCGACGUUGUGGAGAGCAUGCGGAGGAUUGCAAUCCAAGAGAUGAACAGAAAGGACCGUGAGAUCAAUGGACUGAACGAGCAGCUAGAGGAAGACUCCCGCGUGCUCGAGCUUCUCCAGAAGCAGCUUGCAGAUGAACGCAAGAAGCGGACAGAGAUAGAGAAGGAGAACUCCAUGCUUAAUGAGCAGGUGUCCAUGCUGAUGAAUAUGCUCGAUGAAAAUGAGGGCUUUGAUGAAGAAGGAGAAGCUCCACCGCCCGAACCCUUCGAUUAAGCAUUACCAUCCAUUUCCGACAAUUACAAAUCAUGCAUCUCCGGGUACCAGUUUCAGAGUAUCCAAGAGAUCUAUCUUGUGUAGAAUUUCAUUUAUCCUAUUCCAUUCCAUGGCUUGUUUUCUGUAGAUGAAGGUUGUUUGUUUAUUGUACCUGCUCCUUCCUAGGUGUCAAAUGUAUGUGAGAAACUAGCGACAUAUUAUAUUUGAAUGGAAGUGUAUGUACAUGUCACAAGAA